AUGAGGCAGUCACUGCCCACCAUCCGUCGAAGAUAAAGCGAUGUUGUAAAACAGAAGUUUUCAGUAGUUUCUCUAAAAAACAGAGGAAGAAGAAGAGGAAGAAGAAAAACAGAGAGCAAAAUAAACGAAUAGAAAAAAAGGGAAAGAAUCUAUGGCUCUCAGAAUGUGGGCUUCUUCUACUGCCAAGUCGCUCAAAUUGUCUUCUGCAUCCAAAACCCAUUUCUCUCCUCCAUUAUUCUCUCUCGCCAGAUGCUUUUCCACUGUUUUGGAUGGGCUGAAGUAUGCUUCUUCACAUGAGUGGGUGAAGCAUGAGGGCCCUGUUGCUACCAUUGGAAUCACUGACCAUGCUCAGGACCAUCUGGGAGAAGUGGUUUUUGUGGAACUGCCAAAAUCGGGUGCUCCGGUUUCUCAAGGAAAGAGCUUUGGAGCAGUGGAGAGUGUGAAAGCCACCAGUGAUAUCAACUCCCCAAUCUCUGGUGAGGUUGUUGAAGUGAACUCACAGCUCGAGGACUCACCUGGUUUGAUCAAUUCAAGUCCAUAUGAAGGGGGAUGGAUGAUAAAAGUGAAGCCAAGCAACCCAGGUGAACUAGAUUCCUUGUUUGGUCCAAAGGAAUAUACAAAGUUUUGUGAGGAAGAUGAUGCAGCCCAUUAGAGCUGACCAAAAAAUGUGUAUCCAAACAGAGCUUAGGCUUUCAGAAGGUAUUCUAUUUCUGUGGAGAAAUAGAGCAAAAAAUUUACAAGUUCAAUAUGUGAGUUGAAAUCUGCCUAAGCAUCUCUGAACUACCAUCAUCCAUCCUUGAAUGUUCAUCCCAUUUGCUGCAACUUAUUGAAAUUCUAUGCCAUAUUUUUAGUUAUUGAUUCUUGAACUUGAUUUUC